UUGAUUAAAAGAUAUCGGGACAGCUAUAAAAGAGUUAAGUGCGAGACUAUUGUACAGCUAACGCUAAAGAUCCAGUCUAAAAGUUAUCUAGUUUUCUUCACAUCCUACAACUGACACCAUGUUCACGUUAUGUUUUGUGCUGGCACUAGUGGCAUAUGCCUCUGGGUACCAUUUGGACACGGACGAGAUGGGGACAGACUCCGAUUUGAUCCUGAAAUUUAUGAGCAACGGAAAUCAAAAUGUCGGGGCCAAGAAAACUCAGUUGGUUAAUUUUUCCUUUAACAACUGCGCAGACCCAAAAACCGAAAUCGCUCCACUGAGCAAUGUCCAGAUCUCCCCUGAUCCGAUCAAACUGCCAGGAGUAGCAAAAGUCUCCGGAAAUAUUGCCAUCAAAUCCCAGUUUGGAGCUCCCUUACAGGCUAAGCUGGACGUGUGGGAGAAGAACCAAGAAACUAAGUCUUGGGACUACAUCGAAUGCCGUGGAUCCCUGGGCUCAUGCAGCUACUCAGGCCUGUGCACCUUAAUGGCGGAGAUCGAUUGCCCAGAUGCUCUGAAGAAACUCGGCUUCAAUUGUAUAUGUCCUUUCCCAGCGGGCAAUUUCACGAUCCCGCAGCUAGAGAUCCCACUAGAAAAAUUCCCUAUACCUGUCAAUGGUGAAUUUAAGAUCAAGGCAACGGUGACCUCUGGUGGUAAACUAGUGACUUGCGCCCAAGUUGAUAUCAAUAUCGUCGACUAGCUGCAACACUACCUAGGCAUAGUUCUAAAGAAAUUAUAUAUAUAUAUAUAUAUAUAUAUAUAUAUAUAUAUAUAUAUAUAUAUAUAUAUAUAUAUAUAUAUAUAUAUAUAUAUAUAUAUAAAAAAAAUUAAAUAUUAAGACUACAUAUAAUCAUUUUCUUUUGCAUUCGAGAAAUAAUAAAUGGACCAUAUAGAAAUCUUUU